AUGGUUUCCUCCAAGAACGCCCGCUGCACCGCGCUUCUUCUCUUGGCCGUGCUGCUGCUCUCGUGCGCCGCCAUGGGCCGCGCGGCACGGGGCCUGGAGGAGACGGCGCCUGAGGAUAAUUACCCGGCCGAGGCGCCGGAGUCGUCGCCUGAGGACAAUUACCCGGCCGAGGCGUCGGAGUCGUCGCCGUUCCCGGACUUCCGGUCGUUCCCGAAAGUCGAGCUGCCGCCCAUGCCCGAGAUGCCUACAAUUCCCGGGUUCAGCUCUCCCGAGCCGGAGCCGGAGGCCGAUGAGCCAUGA